UUCUAAAAUUUAACCAAGAAAAAAAUAAGUGAGAUUAAUGACAGAAAGAGAAACACGAUGAAAAGAAGUUGUUUCAGUAUUGGAGUUUCGAUCACUUUGGGAGUCUUUAGAUAUUCUUUGAGAGCUAGUGGGAUUGGAAUCUCUACCAAAGAGACUAAUCCUUUUCGCACUUUUAUGUUUUCUUUAUUAUUAUCUAUAAAUGAUCUCUGUCUCAUUGAAAUCCAAAAACAAUGUGCACUCUUCCAAACUUUUUAUCUGUUUUUGGUGCAUUCACUUUAAACCCAUGUUACAAAUUCAGCAUCAUAAGCCACCCAAAGAAAGCUUGCUUCUUUUUUUGGGAGGUUUUUCGAGUGGAAGAAUUAGAGGCACCCGCACCUUACAUGUAAAAAAUAAAGUUUCUAAUCACUAGGAUUAAAAAAAUUAGGUGAAAUACUCGAUUGGGUUUGACGAAUCUUCGUCAAUCCAUUGGGGGUUAUGACAAAAACUCAUCAAAUUUGUACGCUUUGUGUGCAUGUUUGACUUUGAAUUUGCGUACACUUGAAGACACCUCUUUUCUUAAGCUUAGUUUUUUUUUUUUUUGUCAAUAUUUCUUAAGCUUAGUUCUCACCAAUCACCGUGUUAAAUGAUGUAUCGAAUGACAUGUCUUUCUUUUUCAUUUGCUUUAGUUUUUCUUUGAGGGACUUGGGUGUGGUCUCUUCUGCAGUCUUCAUCCACCCUUUGCUGCUGGUCAUUGAUUUGUUUGAGGUGGAAAUCUUAUUGAUUAUGAGCAGAUAACAUUCUGCAUUAUGAAUUGGAUUAAAAAAGUUUUUAAGGGGUGUGCCCAUAAAUCUUCAGAGGGACAUUAUCAUGGACAUUAUGCCGAGGAUCGUCAAUUUUAUGCACCUUCAGGCUCAGGGGAUGCUUGGAGGGAGCAUGAGAAUGAAGGGAUAGAUCGUGCUAUUGCCCUAUCUCUUCUCGAGGAAAGUCAGAAGGGGAGAAGGGUAAAAGAUGAUAAAUCUCAACUAGAGGAUGAUGAGCAACUUGCAAGAGCUAUACAAGAAAGCUUGAAUUUUGAACCUCCUCCACAAUACGAAAAUGUAAAUACUUAUCAACCUAUGCCAGUCCAUUUUCCGACGGGAUACAGUAGGAUUUGUGCGGGUUGCAAUACCGAGAUUGGUUGUGGAAGAUUUCUAAAUUGCCUCAGUGCAUUUUGGCAUCCAGAAUGUUUCCGUUGCCAUGCUUGCAAUCUCCCAAUUUCUGAUUAUGAGUUCUCUAUGUCUGGUAAUUACCGUUUUCAUAAAUCUUGCUACAAGGAGCAGUACCAUCCAAAAUGCGAUGUCUGCAACCACUUUAUUUCAACAAACCCUGCUGGUCUUAUUGAAUAUAGGGCACAUCCUUUUUGGAUGCAAAAGUACUGCCCGUCUCAUGAGCAUGACGGUACUCCACGAUGCUGUAGCUGCGAACGAAUGGAGCCACACGACACGGGAUAUGUUGCCCUUAAUGAUGGGCGGAAGCUCUGCCUAGAGUGUCUGGACUCUGCAGUUAUGGAUACUAAGCAAUGCCAACCCCUUUAUCUGGAUAUACAAGAAUUUUAUGAAAGCUUAGAUAUGAAAGUGGAGCAGCAAGUUCCCUUACUCCUGGUUGAAAGGCAAGCUUUGAAUGAUGCCAGAGAGGGAGAAAAGAAUGGCCAUUAUCAUAUGCCAGAGACUAGAGGACUCUGCCUUUCCGAGGAACAAACUGUCAGCACUAUCCGAAGGCGACCAAGAUUGGGGACAGGAAAUCGUUCUACGGACAUGAUAACAGAGCCGUACAAAUUAACUCGUCGAUGUGAUGUGACUGCAAUUCUCAUUCUUUAUGGCCUGCCAAGGUUAUUGACUGGGUCAAUCUUAGCCCAUGAGAUGAUGCAUGCAUGGAUGCGACUUCAAGGUUUCCGGACUCUUAGUCAGGAUGUCGAGGAGGGUAUUUGUCAGGUAUUAGCACACAUGUGGUUACUUACCCAGUUCGACUCUGCUUCAGACAGCAACGGUGCAUGGACUUCGUCAUCGUCUUCGAGCAGUAGAUUAAAAAAGGGCAAAAGAUCUCAACUCGAGAGGAAGCUUGGGGAGUUCUUCAAGCACCAAAUCGAAUCAGAUGCUUCCCCUGUAUAUGGAGAUGGUUUCAGAGCAGGCCAUCAGGCAGUUUAUAAAUAUGGUCUUAGAAAUACCCUUGAACAUAUUCGGAUGACAGGGAGGUUCCCUCAUUGAAAUCCCAAGCCCCAAAUUCUCAAACACGUUUCCAUUUUUUCGAAGAGAUAAAGCUCGGCCUUUUCCUUUUAGAACCGAAGGCCCGAGCACAUACGAUCAUUUUGAUAUCUCUAAAGUGUAGUUUUAGAAGCAUUACCAAUUUUCAUUCCUUGUGGCUUUCAAUGCUAUUCUUCAUUUUUUUAUAAUUAGUUAUUUUUGUCUUUAGACCCACCUUGAGAACAAAUUUAUUUAAUCAAUUUCAUUGUAAGGAAAUUUCAUUUCAUGUAAA